UUCUGGGAGUGAAUCACUGCGAUUUUCUGACUUCCGCAGGCAUCAGUGGAAAUGCGCCGUUUGGCCCGUGGAAACAGUAGCAUCUAUAGAAAGCAGUGUCAAAUGCGCCUCGGGGAUCAUCUGCCUACCGGCUCUGAAUUCUAUAAAUUCACCGGUCCCCUCUCUUUGCUUCUCAUUCACUUCACUUACAUUUACUGCAUUCACGUCCAGUCCAGCGUGCUCAAGCGAGCCAUAAAUCAACCUGCAUUCAUACAUCUCUACUCCAUACGCGCAUCCAACCGCAACUAUGCCGGCUCCUAUCCAGAUGCUUGAGCCCGUCGUGCGCCGUCUCGAGCACGACGAGGACUACGUGGUGAACGCCUUCGAGCGCCAUGCCACCCACUGCCCCCGAUGCGAAGACCCCAUCAAGACUUUUGACGAGAACAACACCCUCUGCGAUCGCGGAAACCAAUACGCCAUCGACGUCGACAAGUACAUCUACGCCAUCAACGACAUGGCGCACUCCGUCGUCGACCGCGAACUAAACCAGGCCACCCUGGUCCAAAUCCCCAUGAACUGCGAAUCCACCCGCCGACUCCUCCUAGCAGUCCAAUACGGCCUCCCACUACGCCGCAAGGAGGUCCGCUUCGAGGACCAGAAGCAGAAGGAGAAGAAGGAGAAGGACAACCAGAGCCAACGGAGCGAGUCGCCGGCUCGUCCCGUUAUCAGCUACGACCCUACAUACCCCGUUGCCCCUCGACGGCCGGCAUCGCAGACCCCGUCCCUCAGCACUGAAGUCAUCGAGCGGUCGCCGCAGCGCAACAUGAAGCACCGGGUCAUUGUCUACCCCUCUUCUUCCUCAUCAGUCCGUUCCUCGUCGUCGACCAGGGGUUCGCUGUAUGAAGAAGACGUUGUAGACCGAGUGGACCGGAGGAGACCAUCUCCUCGUCGCAACUGGCCAAUCGACUACCACCUUUGAUUUUCAUUUGUUUCACCAUUCCACCUUGACACUCCUAUUGUGUUACACAUACCCGAACAAUCCCAGUCUGCCAUGAGGGAAUAAGCACCGGUUUCUGCCCCCGGUGUAUAUCCAAGAUUCCAUGAGAUCUGAUUAGGACAAUCCACUUCGGACCACAGGAUUGAACCUUACCGGCUUAUUUCCAGGACAGACGGGGCCAUGCUUUCAUUUGUAACGAUUUCCUUUUGUUUCGUGAUACCCAUACCCAACGCCACCAAAACAGAAAAAAAGAGAGAGAGAGAGAGAGAAAAAAAAAAAUAAAAAAAAA